CGUGAAAAAUUACUACAUGUAAAGUUGUUAAUCCAAAACAUUUUUUUUUAUGUCGACACAUUUCAAAGCAGGCCUAUAAUCAGUCCAACCCUGCGGCCAGGUGUGUCUGAGGCGUUCAAAUCAGCACAGAUUACUCACAGCUGUGGUGAUAUGUUCACGGGUUGUAGGACUCCACGCCACUCCAAAGCUGCUGCAGGCCAAAAAAAUGGACUUUCAAAACAAAUAUUUUUGGUGGAUUAUCAUCCUUAUCUCACUUUUCACACUCACAGAAAGCCGAUUUUUGUACACCGCGACAAACUCCCACACUCCAGGUAGGACUCCUGCUGACAUCCAGCCUCAAUUAGACAGCAAACAGCAGCAAAAUGAGGAGUUCAUUGCUGGGCCUCGACCUAUCGUGGUUAACUGUUACCCGGACUCGAUGGAGGUUGUGGUGCAGGCGGACAUGUUUGAGAAAGGCCUUCAGGUGGACGGGAGACAUCUGCGCCUGGGCUUGGAUUCAGCUGUUGAGGGGAGUGCAUGUGGAGCAGUCCCAUCAGGAGAGGCGGAAUUCACCAUCAGGGCCCAUCUGAUGGACUGCGGAACUCAACUCUCAUCAACAAAAGAGAAGAUUAUCUAUUCUAAUAAUCUGAUCUACUCACCUGAACCUUCAUCUGAUGGUUUGCUUAGACUCGAUGGAGCAACUAUUCCAGUUGAAUGUCAUUAUGAAAAGAGGUAUGCUGUGGAUGCCAUUUCCCUGCAUCCCACCUGGGUUCCUUUUGUUGCCAGGGCAUCAGCAGAGAAUCAGAUAGACUUCAAUAUGCUUCUCAUGACUGAUGAUUGGCAGUUUGAGAGGGGAUCUUAUUCUUACUUCCUGGGCGACCCCAUUCAUUUUGAAAUUUUUGCCCUCAUCCGUGACCACAUGCCCCUGCGAGUCUAUGUUGACCAAUGUGUUGCCACAGCAACUCCUGAUGCAGAGGCUACAUUAAGAUACAUCUUUAUUGAGCAUUAUGGAUGUCUCACUGAUGCUUACCUGACAAAUUCAAGCUCCCAUUUCCUGCCAAGAGUUGUAGAGCACAGGUUAAGGUUUCAGAUUGAUGCCUUCAGGUUCUACCAGAUGCCCAGCAAUCAGGUCUACAUAACCUGCUACGUUAAGGCUGUUCCGGUCAUGUUAACUGUGAGCUCUCAGAACAGAGCAUGCUCAUUAAUUGAGAACAGAUGGAGGUCAGUUGAUGGGAACGACCAGGCAUGUAGAAGCUGUGAUGUCUCCCAUCAGGUUGAGGAACCUCUGUUCACUGAACCCCCUAAAACUACCAUCAGUACAAAAGCAUCGCCCUCCAUGACUCCGCAGGAGAGUUUAGUCAACAACAGACAUGAACACCACCCGGCCAGUUAUUUACGUUUACGUCCAGGACUGCACCCGAGCCAACACAACAAACAUCAGCAAUCCUCUGCUGGAAUGAUGAAGAGAGGAGCAGAGUACAAAGCAGAGCAAACUAUCCAGCUGGGGCCCAUCACGGUUCUGCCUCCCAGCAAAACUGACACCAGGCCAUCAUAUUCCAAAACGGUACUUUCACCAAAGGACACGAGCACCUGAGACUCAGGAUAGCACACUGGAGAGUAUUUUGAAUUUAAAAGUAUUCAAUGCUGCCAUGUACAGGACAACCAAACAUUUUGGAGUUGACCGCCCCUGUGAAUGCAGAGAUUAAUCUUGUUGUUCCAAUUACUGUCUCGCUUUCAGUUUGUUUUUUUUUGUCUCCUGUGAACUCUGUCCUCUGCAAACAUUUCCACAUCCUUGUCACAAUUUUUGUAUAUUCUGUACAAAUGGCAAACCUUUUUGUUCUAAUAAAUAUUUUACUUUAA